AUGAAUAAGAGAAGGAAUAAUUAGAGGGUUCAAUCAAUAAUUUAUAGUUAGAAAGAGUCCAUAUGUAGAAUGCCAUAAAAAGAAAGAGAAAAAGAAAUUGAAAAAAAGAAAGAUUGGAAAAAUUGAAAGAAAAGGUUAGAGUUGAAAAAGACUUAAAGGAGAAAGGAAAAUAGGAAAAAUUAAAGAGUAGUUAAUGUUCUUAAUUAUCACCCCUAAAGGCUAAAUAAUAAAAGGAUGCUGCUACAAAAGUUUAAUAAUUCUUACAAGAACCAUUUAAACUUUAUUUUUAACAAUUAGAAGAAAAAAGAGGACGUAAUCAUAGAAACAAGAUGAAAAAAGAGGAUAAAGAUAAGAUUGAAGUUAUAGCUUUGAGUAUUAUCGAAACCGUAUUUAGAACUAAGCAAAGAGUAUCUAAAAGAGAUUGGUUUGGAUAUGAACAUAAUCAAUAAACAUUUUAAUGUGAUGACAUUCAUUUUUUGGGGUAGUUUUCAAUCAACCAUAGAAUUAAGAAAAUUACAAUAUAUCAUAACCCAAGCGAAGGUUUAAUAGAUCUGUUGUGGACUGAAUAUAGAAAGGACGAUAACAGUUUUAUAAGCGAAACUUGGAAUGUAAUAUUAUUUAAUUAAUUUAUUAGAUUAAUCAAGAAUUACUAAGAGAAAGACAAAGAAAUAAAAAGAGAUGA